UUAAAACCACUUUAGCACAUAAAAUGCAUGCCACUUGAGCACUUCAUAUCAUAACAACAACAGUUUUUUGCAGCCUUGCAGCUAUAUCCUAAAUUCAAUUCUUUUUGUAACUGUAUUCGAAUAUUCUCAGAUGGAUUUCGCCGCAUGAUACUUUGUCCGUUUCAAUGUCCUCUUCCGCCGUUGCUGGCAUAGACGCGACGCGUCCAGCGCGGUCAAGGAUUUUGACACCAAGCUCUGAAGGGAGCUCACAUCACAAAGAUGAGCUGCGUUCUCCCGAGGGACACAAGAGGAAGAGGGCCGACUCAGUUGCCAUGGAGCACCUUUUGAAGCCGUCAAUUGCUAUCAAGCCUCAUCCUCCGAAACUCAAUGUCCAGCCUCGCAUCCUCUAUCCAUUGAUGGUCCUCCCCCGCGAACGUCUGCCUCUCUCUUGUAUCGAUUUCCACGCUACCAAUGUCGAUCUUGCUUCGUAUCGAUUCUUCGAGUCUCAUGUCAAAAUCCUUGACUUGGAGAGUCGCAUGGGCUCUGGCCCCGUGGUACUUCUAGCCAGAAAGGAGGCAAGUCGUGCCGUAUACGCUCUCGAGCGACAACCCAACGGAGUAUAUGUUGUAUGCAGGCUAGGACCCUGGACAGACUUGGAGGCUCUAGCAGAAGACGCAUCCGCUGUCUGUCGAGAACGCUUACGCCCAACUGCUAGAACCGAGUCUCAAAGUCAAUACGGGCCCUCUGUAAUUACCACCCCACACAUUCAUAAGGAAGAAAAGAUCAAACGAGCGGCCAUCGAAGCUAUUCAAACCCUAGUCCGCAAAAGGCCCAGGUCGCAGUCUGUUUCAACAUUGGCCGAGUCUGUGAAAAUAGAAGCAGCCCCCGAAGCUGCUAUAACCGCGGAUUCCAAACUACAGUCGCCAACCUUCAAACCAGAAGAAGUGGCACAAACCCUAGGCGAGCAGCAGACCCAGGCAUCACGUCCUACAACUGCAAUUUCAACCUCUGGCAACAUCAACGAGCCUUCCCAACAGCUGACUACGGAAAGCAUAUUUGAAACUAUAAGAACCCAGUACUACGAGAUGCUAUACAAGUCCAUGGGAUCGCUCGCCUAUUUUGCCAAAGGGCCACUCUCUCGUGCUCGUUCUGCUUUCCAUCUCGACCUUGAAGCUAAUCUAGAUAUUGGUGAUCUCAUCGACUUCUUGAAAGGACUCGUUCUUACCACUGUCCAAAUCGACAAAAAGUACCGUGAGACUAUUCCAGCUCUCAUAGCCCAGAUGAAAACAGUGGUGGACAGUUCUGACGAAGGCCCAAAGAGAAAGCGCCGAGCCAAGAAGAUGAAGAUCGGAAAGGAUGGGCUCUAUCCAUAUGAAGAAGCUCAUAUCAGAAAGUGGUGGGCCACCAACAAGCCUGAACUGAAAGAGGACGAAACCAACGUUCCCACUCAACAAAUUCAAUCACUUACCUCUAUGCUUCGCACGAGAGAAACCCAGCUCCAGAUGAUAAUCAUAUUGGAGAUCCUGGCAUUGACUCUUCUGAAACCCGCAGAUGAUGCGGAAGAUAGCCAGCUCCCUCUAUUGCCUGGUGCUGCUGAAUCUCAAGGUGACGCGGUGGUUCCGUCAGCCAAGAAGCGGAGCAAACAUAAUCUUCCUGUUCUUGUAGAUGUCCACGCUGAUCGGUUGACUAUCUGGCAAUCUACCGCUUCCGACGAGCAGCUCCUUUUAGAAGAUUCCCAAAUCACUCAAGCACCGGAUGGUCAAUCUCAGCAGAAGGCGUCAUCGGAGCCUCUGAAAGACUUUUGUGUGGACAUCAUUGUGCCAUUCUUCUCCCAUAGGCUCCCAGAGCUGUGUGAUUCGAUCAACCGCAAAUUGGGAGGGCCUGUCAUUGUGAAACCUACAAGGCCGAAGGUUCUAAAACGGCCAUCAAGCAAGCGUUCGCCGAAGCCAGGAGCAGUUGCCAAACGCUCUAUAUCAGGUCAGCCUACAAGGACGUUGCAAAGAGCUCUUUCGACAGAGCAGCAGUCGCGGCGAAGUGUUUCUAGGGGUCCCAGUAACAUGAUUGCCCUCAUGCGCUCUGCAACAUCCACUUCUCUGCCAGGAAUCAAGCGAGAAGCUAGCGAUCCAUCCCUGGUUAAGUCGGUCCUGAACGCUGAGCCCGAUCUAAUGAAUAGGAAGAGUGGGCCAUUAUCUCGGAGCAGCAGUGUAUCCAACCUGCAAGACGCGAAAUCUAACAAGAAAGCUCAAGUCGAAGCAGAGCUAAAGGAGGCUAUCUCUUCUUUGAGGAAGCCUAACCGCGAAGUUGUCGGUAAGGCACUGGCUGAAGCGGCUGAGCGGCGAGCAACAGUGGGCUCUUCAGCCAAGAAAGUGAGAAAACCAGGCAGAAGCUCUCUAGGCGUAUCCGUUGUGAAGGCAACGCCAGCAAACACACGUUUCAGAGAUGUAUUUGCGAAACCACAUGUGGCAGAUACACCCAUUAUGAGCACUGAAGAUGUCAUUCCUCCUUCAAGCCUUCCCUCUAUGGUUCCCUCUACUGGUCUCCGAGGAGCACAGCGGGAUGGCUUCCGUCAGAGUCCAACUCCUGAUAUUGAGAGGAUUGGUAGCACGCCUACAAAGGCCGGAUCGAGUUUCAUUCGUCGGCCUAGGAACGAUGAAGACGUUUUGCCAUUCCCGCCCUCAUCGCCGUCUCUAGAACGACUAACUAUGUCCGCUGCCGACCUGUUCAACCCGGGUGGGGUCACGAAUCGAAAAAGAAAGGUCAGUUUCACUUUUUCUCGUAACGACGAGCUUUUGGCAACGCCCGUUAAGGGUAUGAAAACAAAGAACAUAGAUAUGGAGAACCAGGCGGCUAAGCCCAUGCCUGCUAAGUCGGUGUCGAUAUAUGAGAAAUUAGGAUGGGAUGACGACCUAGAUGACCUGUUAUGAGUUACUUGUCGGAACAUUUAGCGGUGUUUUUAUGAGGGGCAUGCAUCAUUGCAGCAGGAGUUUCAGCACUGUUAGAAGGCGUUGGGAACAUUAUAAGAAAUAUUGUAUCGGCAAUGAUAUUAGAGAUACGACACACGAUACAGGUAAUAUGAUAGCUCAACAUGAAUGCAUUUGGAUUGAAUGAAAAGACCUUAUGCCGCUGCUGGCUCUACCAACAUAGUUGGCAAAUCUCUGAUAUCGACAUGCUCCUGUGACCCUAGAUCAACAACUCGCAUGGCCUCGAGGCCCACAACGCCUUCUUGUAGCGCGAGAAAUUGAAGCUCGACUACAUGACAAGCUCCUGGGGCAAGAGGACCGACACGGGUAUCAGCGCUUAAGCAAACAACAUCAGUUGACUCGACAGACGAGUUCUUCUGUAAUGCGUGGAGUACGUUUUCGUCCGUGACCGCAUCGGCAACGUCUUUUUCACCAUGUCGUCGACCACCCACUGAGGGAGGCCGUGUCAUACGAACUUCGCCUCGCCGGCGCUUGGGAAUAGCAACGAGGGCAAGUUUGCGGGGAGGCGCAGAGUUCUUUUCUGUGGCACGGUUGACGAUAUAGACGGUCCAAGAAAAGACCUGCCCCGGGUAGACAGGUUCAGAGGGGCCAGUGAAGGUCAUGGUUAUGCCAAGUUCUGUAAUGGAAGCGUCUGUGUUGGAUGUGGCAGCCUCGAGAGUGGGCAGGGCGUCUGGACGAAUGAUAGAUGGCGAUACCAGGGGGUUUACUGCUUGGCCUGUGAUAGAAAGUUGCGAUGGUCUAUGGGCACGGACAAUGCCAGUUCCAGCAGUUGCCGAUCCAUAGCCAGGAUUGACUGGGAGAGUAAAGUCAAGCUGAGUUGACCAUGACAUGUUCAUACUGGGCGUGCAGCGGCCCGGUAUAACCUGAGCAGUAGCGGAGAUUUGAAUGUCCAGUUCCCGCAUGGGGUUUUUGACUGUAACGUCGUGCUGACGGGGAGCAAUGCGAUAGAGGAACGUAAUAUGAUCGUGAGACACGCAGGUAAGAGGUAGCUGCAUACCCGCGUCAUUGUUGAGGUUUUCGACAGUAGCGUCGAGAAUUGAAAGUUCGAUUUGAUCUAAUGAUACCUCGCAUUCGAAAUGAGAUGUAAAGUCAACUUCAAGCAGUGCGAUCACGGCUGAGCUGGUCGGUGCUGUAGUCGGUCUUGAAAACCGGAUUCUCGUGUGGACGACAGGGAAGAUCUUGUGCUGAACCUGAGGCAGAGCUCGUAUAUGCUUCGUCACAUCUUGUGAGCGCGUAACGGGCGUAACUCUUGAUACUCGCAGUGCAGACAACCGAGGCUUCACUCCGCCGAGUGCAGCAUCGCUUCCGAAAGACUCGAGCAGGUUAAAGCCAGAGGGCACACCGCUCUGAAGGUAACCACUCCCCUUUCCAAUGAGGUCAGUUGAAACCUCAGGUUUCAUGCUCGCGGAUGCGGUGAAAAUGAUGGCUGGUGCCGAGAUUCGUGCACGAGGUCGACUCAAAAAGACGGGUAACUUCCAAACAGCAAAAACGCUUUGGUCUAGGUUGGCAUCAUCACCACUUUCUUCACUAUCGUUACUGUCCUCUUCUUCUUCUUCCUCCUCCUCCUCCUCCUCCUCCCCCCCCUUGACGAUGAUGAAAGGAUCAUCAAUAUCUGGGACUGUACCGGAGAAGAUGGUAUCCGUUGUAGAAUUCUCCUUGCCAUGGGUUUUGCUGUUGACGAUCUGGGCUUCGACUGAUAUCACUAGCCGAUUGAGGUGAGUGCGGAGUGAUGCUUCAUCUUUCCAGGGGCUUUUGAGAAGUAAAAGAACAUUUACCGUCUCAUC